AUGGGUCUCUCCACAGUCUGCUCGAAGCUCUUCGCUUCUUGCUGCGGCGGCCGCUCGAAGGAUAACAUCUAUGACCCCGUGUUGGCAGACAGCGAACGGGAGGCUGUCGCCGACCUGCUGGGCUUCCUGGAAAACCGAGCCGAGACCGACUUCUUCUCCGGAGAGCCUCUUCGCGCAUUAAGUACUCUUGUAUAUUCGGACAAUAUCGAUUUGCAACGGUCCGCAAGCUUGACCUUCGCCGAGAUCACAGAGCGAGAUGUUCGGGAGGUCGAUCGAGACACGCUGGAACCUAUCCUUUUCCUUCUCCAAAACCCGGAUAUCGAGGUGCAGCGCGCCGCGAGUGCUGCACUCGGAAACCUUGCCGUCAACACGGAGAACAAGGUCUCAAUCGUCACACUGGGUGGACUUGCUCCACUUAUCAAACAGAUGAACUCGCCCAACGUCGAAGUCCAGUGCAAUGCCGUUGGAUGCAUAACCAACCUUGCGACUCACGAAGAUAACAAGGCUAGGAUAGCGAGGUCGGGGGCGCUGCAGCCGCUCACAAGGCUCGCCAAAUCAAAGGACAUGCGUGUGCAAAGGAACGCAACGGGCGCUCUUCUGAAUAUGACGCACUCUGACGACAAUCGCCAACAGCUUGUCAACGCAGGCGCCAUUCCCGUACUCGUCCAGUUGCUCACCUCUUCCGACGUAGAUGUUCAAUAUUACUGUACCACCGCUCUCAGCAAUAUCGCCGUAGACGCCAGCAACCGAGCGAAACUUGCACAAACAGAGGGCCGCCUCGUGCAAUCCCUGGUCCACCUUAUGGAUUCGUCCUCGCCAAAAGUCCAGUGCCAGGCUGCUCUCGCCCUCCGCAACCUUGCGUCCGAUGAACGAUACCAGUUAGACAUAGUUCGCGCUCGAGGCCUCCCAUCUCUCCUCCGACUUUUACAAUCUUCCUACCUCCCUCUUAUUCUCUCCGCCGUAGCAUGCAUACGAAACAUUUCCAUACAUCCCGCAAACGAAUCUCCCAUCAUCGACGCUGGAUUCCUCCGUCCUCUCGUGGACCUACUUGGAUCGACCGACAACGAUGAGAUCCAGUGCCAUGCCAUUUCCACUCUACGGAAUUUGGCGGCCAGCUCGGACAAGAACAAGCAACUUGUAUUGGAGGCUGGUGCUGUGCAGAAGUGCAAGCAGCUGGUGCUCAACGUCCGCCUUCCCGUACAGUCAGAGAUGACAGCCGCCAUUGCAGUUCUUGCUCUGAGUGACGAGUUGAAACCACAUCUUCUCAACCUUGGAGUUUUCGAUGUCCUCAUCCCGCUCACGGAGUCGGAUAGCAUCGAGGUUCAGGGCAACAGCGCCGCAGCGCUAGGAAACCUCUCGUCUAAAGUUGGCGACUACACCAUCUUCAUACAGAACUGGACUGAGCCAGCCGGGGGAAUCCACGGAUAUCUCCGUCGUUUCCUAGCGAGCGGAGACCCUACUUUCCAGCACAUCGCCAUCUGGACUCUGCUACAACUACUCGAAUCCGAGGACUCUGAACUACUGGAACGCAUCGCCAAAUCUAACGACAUCGUCCGCAUGGUCACCGACAUCGCCGAACGAAACGUUGAAUCGGACGACGAAGAUAACGAGGACGGCGAAGGCGAGGUCGUCAAUCUCGCUCGCCGAUGCCUUGAGAUAUUGGGAAAGACACCAACAAAGACCCUCAUUGACGGCUAG